AUGAUGAUUAACUCCACACAGGUUUCUUAUUUCACACUUGCUGCCUACUUUGACACCGGUGGUUUUAAAUAUGUAUGUUUCAUGGUUAUUUUGUCUGUAUAUAUGUUAAUAGUUCUUUCAAAUAUUUUUCUGAUUGCUGUUAUCUGUAUGAACAGAAGCUUACAUGAACCUAUGUACCUUUUUCUGUGCAGCCUGUUUGUAAAUGAACUGUAUGGUAGUACAGGGUUGUUUCCAUUCCUUCUGGUUCAGAUCCUCUCUGACGUUCACACUGUUUCUGCUCCACUUUGUUUCCUGCAGAUUUUCUGUGUUCACUCUUAUGGAGCUGUUGAAUACUUAAACUUAGCCAUCAUGUCUUAUGACCGAUAUCUUGCUAUCUGUUAUCCGCUACAAUAUAACACACGUAUGACAUAUUAUAAGAUUGCCACUCUUAUUGCUUCAACGUGGUUAUUUCCUUGUUUUGCAAUGGUUGUUUUGUUAUUUUUGACUUCUCCUUUAAAGCUCUGUGGGAACAUCAUUUACAAAGUUUACUGUGAUAACUACUCUGUUGUAAAGCUGUCCUGCUCUGAUACCAAUGCAAUUAACGUAUAUGGACUGAUUGCAACUUUUAGCACAAUCUUUGGCUCUUUACUUUUAAUCCUUUACUCUUACAUGAAAAUUCUUCUAGUUUGUUUCUCUGGCUCUAAACAGACCAGACAGAAAGCUGUCAGUACCUGCACACCUCACCUCGCUUCCCUCUUGAACUUUUCUGUUGGUGCUUGCUUUGAAGUAUUACAGAGCAGGUUUAAUAUGAACAAUCUACCCAAUGUCUUCAGAAUUUUUCUAUCGUUAUAUUUUCUAACAUGCCCGCCGCUCUUCAACCCUGUACUGUACGGCCUGAAUCUGUCCAAAAUCCGUGUCAUAUGUAAAAGUCUGAUAUCAAAUCGAGACUAUUAA